AGCGGGAGCUGGUAAGCAGUCGGCGGGCAAGCGGGUGUAAUCCACAGCCAUCCAUUCUUGGGCAAGGUGGCUUCCGACCUCGGGGACCCCGAGACUCUCCCGUCGGCCAAGUAGCAGCCAGGAGGGGAGGCUGGGAUGGUUUUUUUUUUUUUACUUGUUUUCCCUUUAAAUCAAGGACCUCGGGCCGGAGAGUGAUGGAGGACCAGGGAACUGGGGACUCGAAAACGAGCUGAGGGGAGGGAGUCUGUGGAAAGAGAGUCUAGUCUGGGUAGUGUCGUUUCCUAAAAAAUGAUCGCGAAGUAAUUUCUCGGAACUUUCAGACCACACUUGCCCCCUGGGAGGCUUUUAGGACCCGAGACUUGUGCAGGAUUUUCCAGCCAAAAUGAAGUUCAAUCCCUUUGUGACUUCCGACCGAAGCAAGAAUCGCAAAAGGCAUUUCAAUGCACCUUCCCACAUUCGCAGGAAGAUUAUGUCCUCCCCACUUUCCAAAGAGCUGAGACAGAAGUACAACGUGCGAUCCAUGCCCAUCCGAAAGGAUGAUGAAGUUCAGGUUGUACGAGGACACUAUAAAGGUCAGCAGAUUGGCAAAGUAGUCCAGGUGUACAGGAAGAAAUACGUAAUCUACAUUGAACGGGUGCAGCGGGAAAAGGCUAAUGGCACAACUGUCCAUGUAGGCAUUCACCCCAGCAAGGUUGUUAUCACUAGGCUAAAACUGGACAAAGACCGCAAAAAGAUCCUUGAACGGAAAGCCAAAUCUCGCCAAGUAGGAAAGGAAAAGGGCAAAUACAAGGAAGAAACAAUUGAGAAGAUGCAGGAAUAAAGUAACCUUAUAUACAAGCUUUGAUUAAAACUUGAAAU